GCACACUGGGUUCUAGUCCCGGUUGGGGCACCAGAUUCUGUCCCGGUUGCCCCACUUCCAGUCCAGCUCUCUGCUGUGGCCCGGGAGUGCAGUGGAGGAUGGCCCAAGUGCUUGGGCCCUGCACCUCACGGGAGGCCAGGAGGAAGCACCUGGCUCCUGGCUUCGGAUCAGCGGGGUGUGCCGGCCGCAUUGGCCAUUGGAGGGUGAACCAACAGUAAAGGAAGACCUUUGUCUCUCUCUCUCUCACUGUCCACUCUGCCUGUCAAAAAAGAAAGUUUGCUGAAAGAAAGAUAGAAAAGUUACCAUCAUUUCUUAAUGUAAUAAUUUUUAUUUAAAAAACUAAUUUUUGAAAAUGCAUUCAAAAGGUGGAGAGACGCAGAGAAAGUGAGUGAGAAUGAGCAAGAGGGAGAGAGCAUUUUUCUUUGCUUAUUCACUGUUCAAAUACCUGUGAAGGCUGGGGCUGGGCUAGAGCUGAAACCUGGAUCAACAAACACAAUCCAGGUCUCCCAUGUGCAUAGCGGAAACCCCCUUCCUUGAGCCAUAAUUGGUACCCCCCAAAUCUGCAUUGGCCAGAAGCUAGAGUGAGGAGCCACAGCUGGAAGUCAAACUAUAGUAUGGGACACAAAUAUCUUAAUGCUGGGCUAACCCUUUCCUCCCCACUUCUUAAUCAUUUUUAAGCCUCUUGUUUAUUAACCAAAGUAAAAAGCAUAGAUAUAGCACAGUGAAAAAGGACUUACUCUCUGUUUUUAAAGGGCUAACAGUUCUAUGGCUGACAUCAUCCUAUUACGUACAUCAUAAUAUUCUCUGUAGCUCCAAGUGUUUUAAAAGGAAGGCUUUGGGGCUGGUGCUGUGACAUAGCAGGUAAAGCCUUGGCCUGCUGUGCUGGCAUCCCAUGUGGGUGCUGGUUCCGGUGCCAGUUGCUCAAUUUCCGAUCCAGCUCUCUGCUAUAGCGUGGGAAAGCAGUAGAAGAUGGCCUAAGAGCUUGGGCUCCUGCACUCAUGUGGGAGACCUGGAAGAAGCUCCUGGCUCCUGGCUUUGGGUCAACUCAGCUCCAGCCAUUGUGGCCAUUUGGGGAGUGAACCACUGGAUGGAAGACUUUCUCUCUGUCUCUCUCUGCCUCUCUGUAACUCUGCCUUUCCAAUAAAUAAAUCUUAAAAAAAAAAAAAAAAAAGUAAGUGGAAGGCUUCUCACAAGUUGUGAAUUAUUCAACUCUGUUCUCUAUAUAGGAGCACAGUCUCAAAGGUCUUCAUUUUUAAGUCUAGUGCCAGAUAUUCUUAGAUGUAUCCUCAAUCAUAUCUUAAAUCUUUGUAGCUUCAAUCAAUUCUUGGUAGACAAUAAAUCUUUCCUUAGCAUCAAUUUUGUAAGUUGAUACUAGUUCCAUUUUGUUUGCAAAAGACAUUUCACUAACUUUAGAUAAUAGGUGGAAUACUUCAUAUAUUAUACAUAACUUUGGUUGAUAAAAUUAAAAAAUCAGGAAAUUUAUUUUGGAAACAGACAUAGAAUAAGACAUAUACUAAAUAGAUUAAGACACUCAACCAUCAAUGCUUAUUUAGGGUAUCAACCUAUUGCUCUUUUUAUAGAUGAAAAGAAUUUGCUUUUCUAUAAGACAUGAUUUAGAAGGAUUAGUUAAAUUACUCUGGGUACUGUUAUAAACAUUAGACUUCCUGUAAGUCAUUGCACAUCAAAGCCAACCUGCUCCUUUAAGGGAUGUGGCCUAUUUGUUCAUGGAGUGGUAGGAGAGAGGGUACAAUUUCUAUCACUAUGAUUUUAGAGGAACUGUGUUGGCACUCAGUUAGGUCCCUAGGCAAAGGAGGAUGUGGGAAACUGUGGCUUUCAGACAAAGACUUGUUACAUCUUCAUAAAGAAAGGAAUAUUGCUCCCAUACAUGCUCUUGUUUGUUUUUUGCUUCUUACACUUUUGUAUUUCUGACUUCAUAGCAUACAUACAGCCCUUUAAUAAAUAUAUUUCAGCUAUGUCACUUCCUUUUAAACAUCUUCAUAGAGAAAUAAACUUAGCCUUUUCCCCUCAACUUUGCCAUGUUAAUGCAAAUAUAAAAUAAAAACUUAUGUGGGCUUCAUGAAAUGAGAAGAUUCAUUGGUUUAUCCUUGGUAUCAAAAAGUAUUCAUCAGACUAUCUUAGGAAGGUAAAGUUAUACUCGCCAAACUUAGGAUCUUUUAAAAAUUGUUAGUCUUUCAUUAGUUCUUUGUGUCUCUCUAUGCAACUUAGUAGUGAAAAUCCCCAAGAUUAUAUAAAUGAAAGUGUAAGAAAGAAUUUAGCAUUAUAAAAUAUUUUGUUAAAAUUGUUUUGACCCUAAAUUGAAAUGUAUAUCCUAUAUAUAAAGUUCAAUGGGCAAAACACAUUUCUAUGUUGUAAUAGAAGUUAAAGGAAAAUGAUAGAAUCAUCCAGAAUGUGUCAAUUCUUAAAAUUAUGAUCCUGCACUAAGGAAAAAUUGUUCUGAAAUCUUAGCUUUGAAAACUGAAGUGUCCAAAAUUUGCCCUGUCUCCACCUGUUCUCCAUAUCAGAAUAUGGGAGUAUUUUCAUUGGCUCAGUGUUAUGGUAUGCCUUUGGGAUUUCUCUGGAAUUCUGAAGAUGAGAUAGCAGAGGAUGCAUGAGGUGAAACGAACUUUUGCAAUUGCUGACAAUGGUUGGUUACAUUUUAAAAAGGACUGAUAACACUAUAUUUAAAAUACAUUUAUCAUUACCAACAUGGAUCAUUCAUAGAUGAAUAUUUAUUGAAUAGAUGUCACUAGUUACAAAACCAAGCAUUCUUUUUGUUUUAUGAUUACUUUAUACAACUUGUUUACCAUGAAACAUGUAGUGAUCACAAUUAUUUUUCUGGGGUUUCCAUGGCAAUUAAUCAUCUUUCACUGCAUCCUGUGUUCUUCAAGCUAAAUCACAUAUGGUGCACUGCAGGAGUCACAACGGGCAUCAUUUUGGUACUUUCUCAAAAUAAUCUGGAUUUGUCACCUUCAGGAGAGGAAUAAAUACAAAAUGUAAACUGAUAUUAAGAGGAUUAUGAAUAUGAGUGUUCAUUAAAAGCAAUUUAGGAUCUUGAAAAACAGAAAUAUGCUAACUUAACCAUAACACAACAUACUUCAUUAGUUUCAGUUAUCCACGUGGCUUAUCGAAGCCCAUAUGCUUAAAUUUGCCAUAUUCUUCUUUACAUUAAUUAUAUAGAGAGAUCACUUAGUUUUGUUAUUCAUUACUUUUUAUUUUAGUAACACCAAUUAUUAAUGAAUCAAAGUAUUUAUUCUGUCAGAGCAUUCAAUGGGCCUUUGAGUAUUAUGAUCCAAAAUUCUUACUGGUUGAAUGAAAUACCAUUUCUUAUUGUUGGAAAUGAGAUAGGAAUGUUUUAUCAUAUUACAAAUGGAACCCUGUUUCUACUUUUUAUGGGAAGUUUUUAACGGAGGCCUCUAAAAUAAUUCGUUUCAUUUGUGCUCAUUUAUAUCUUGUCUUACAGAACAAAGCAAAAAUAUAGCACAUUAAUGCCACAGAUUUGUCUAAAACUAGCAUUUUCCUCCCAGUGAUAGCAGAAUUAUAUGCGAGCUUUAAUAGCUUGCUAAUAUUUUCUUGGAGUAAUGAAUCAUUGAUCUUUUCAAAGUAGAAAACCAAAUCUAGCUAGGUCCGCUGCCUAGUUCUAAUGAUGCAGCAUUUCUUUUCUCCAUGAGGAAAAAUAGAGAGCAUGUGAAAACUUGGUUUUUAGAAAAAAUAGAAAAUAGUUUUUUCUUACUUAAUGGAAUUAAGGGCUGAGGAUUCAUUACUCUAAUUAUGUUUAAAUGGGGUGAAUACAUGUUCUGAAAGUUCUACUUGCAGAAAAUUAUUUUUAUAUCAUGCUUGCGAUGCUAGUUAUAUUUCUGUUAGUAACUAUGAACAGCUAUAUAUGGAUGCUGCUGUUACAUUGGAGCAAAGUAGGACCUUGAGGCCCUGAGCAAAAUUCGGUGGCAUUCUCUGUCAGUCAUUCAGUGUAACAAAGAUUUGAGGUUGUGAAAUGAGACUUUAUAUUUUUUUGUUCACUAGGCACAUCGGAUGGUUCAGUCUCUGACUGCCAGUGGAGGGAAGAUCAGACUAUAAUCAUCUGUAUUCCUAGUUAAGAGGAGUUUUGAUUAAUUGCCUACCUUAGCAAACUAGAGUGUUUUUCUGCCAAACCUACUUUUAGAAGCUGUAAGUCGUGUCAGACACCCAGUCAAUAUAAAAUAACUUAAAGGUAUAGUCUAUUUGCUCCUGUUCUUUUUUUCUAAUCUACUGUCAGUUAUUUAAUGAGAUGUGUCCUACGACAUUGAGAACACGGAUCAGUGAGGGCGAAUGCCAUUCGCCAGGGCACAAUCCGAUGGCAGGUGGCCGGGCUGACUGUUGGUAACACCUGGCCAGCGCCGGGCUGCGGGCGGUGCCUCUGCCCGGGAGGAGAGCUCGGAGUCCGAGCGCGGGAGAGCGGCCCGGCAGUGAGGACAGCGGAGGCCCGGGCGGUGCGGCCGCGGUCUCCUCACCGGCUCUGCCCCAGGGCCGGGCGGGAGGUCUGCAGCGGGUGGGCUCAGGCCUCGUGCAGCUUCACUGCCCUGGUGCCGCCCGCGGGUGUUGAGACAGGAGCCAGGGUCCUCUCCAUUUCAGCGCUCUUGUAGGGAACACCCGCCCGUCCUGCUCACGUGGACAUGCACUUGAGGAUGGGGCUCUGGCUCACGUGGACGGUGCUCCCGCUCACGUGGACACGCACCCGAGGACCGGGCUCCCGCUCACGUGGACACGCACCUGAGGACCGGGCUCCUGCUCACGUGGACACGCACACGAGGACCCCCCCUGCUCACGUGGACACGCACAGGAGGACCGGGCUCCCGCUCACGUGGACACGCACACGAGGACGGGGCUCCACACUUAUCACAUGGAUGAGCAUGCUCCCGCUCACGUGGACACGCACCCGAGGACCGGGCUCCUGCUCACGUGGACAUGCACUUGAGGAUGGGGCUCUGGCUCACGUGGACGGUGCUCCCGCUCACGUGGACACGCACACGAGGACCGGGCUCCCGCUCACGUGGACAUGCACAGGAGGACCGGGCUCCCGCUCACGUGGACACGCACACGAGGACCGGGCUCCCGCUCACGUGGACAUGCACAGGAGGACCGGGCUCCCGCUCACGUGGACACGCACAGGAGGACCGGGCUCCCGCUCACGUGGACACGCACACGAGGACGGGGCUCCACACUUAUCACAUGGAUGAGCAUGCUCCCGCUCACGUGGACACGCACCCGAGGACCGGGCUCCCGCUCACGUGGACAUGCACAGGAGGACCGGGCUCCCGCUCACGUGGACACGCACCCGAGGACCGGGCUCCCGCUCACGUGGACAUGCACAGGAGGACCGGGCUCCCGCUCACGUGGACAUGCACAGGAGGACCGGGCUCCCGCUCACGAGGACACGCACAGGAGGACCGGGCUCCCGCUCACGAGGACGGGGCUCCCGCACACGAGGACGGGGCGCCCAGGCUCGUGCUGCAGGGGGCCUCUGCUUCGUGGGCUUUUCAUCCUAGAGAGCUCUUUUAAGAGCCUGUGCUGAUGGAGGUGCCAAUCGCUUAUAUGAUGUCACAGAAGGAGAGAGAGAAAGCUUUUUGCCUGAAUUCAUCAGUGGAGAUUUUGAUUCCAUUAGACCUGAAGUCAGAGAGUACUACAAUGUUAAGCCAUGUACCAUGUAAUGGUAUUUCCAUCUGUGAAGGACUACAUAUAAUAACAAUGGGAUGUGAACUUAUUUCAACUCCUGAUCAAGACCACACUGACUUCACUAAGUGUCUUAAAGUGCUCCAGAAGAAGAUUAAAGAAAAAGACCUACAGGUUGAUGUGAUUGUGACCCUGGGAGGCCUUGCCGGACGUUUUGACCAAACUAUGGCAUCCGUGAAUACCCUAUUCCAAACCACUCACAUCACUCCUUUGCCAACGAUAAUAAUCCAAGAGGAAUCUCUCAUCUGUCUUCUCCAACCGGGAAAGAACAAAUUGUGUGUAGACACUGGAAUGGAAGGAGACUGGUGUGGCCUUAUUCCCGUUGGACAGCCCUGCAACCGGGUGACAACAACAGGCCUGAAGUGGAACCUCAAAAAUGACGUGCUUAGUUUCGGAACACUGAUCAGUGCUUGCAACACCUAUGACGGGUCUGGCGUUGUGACUGUGGAAACUGACCAACCGCUGCUCUGGACCAUGGCCAUCAAACACUAGCCUGUCCAGGUGUGCCUCUGCCAGACCUCGCGGACAGCACACUGCUCAAAGCCAACAUGCACUUGGGUUUCAGGAAUCUCACCAUCUCCGUGGGGAGCCCAGCACUCUUAAAGAAGUUUAGAUAAUCCAGGUAUUACUGUAAAUGUCAAACCGCAAUUUUACAGGUGAAUACUAUGUAUUUAAUUAGUAUGUAAUUUCUAUUACCUUUAUUUGGAAAGCUAAUGUGUGUCAUUCCACUGUGAAACUCAAGACCAAUUAUUAUGUCAACAAUCAUUCCAUUUUUCCUAGAGAAUUUUUAAUUUUGAAGCAGAAAUGUCUCAGUUGAGGUUGCUCUUGGAGUCUACCACAUCCUUGAAUGCUUAACAACAAGUACUACCUCUAAGUAUCUGUCAAUAUUGGAUUCCUCUAUGUAAUACAGAUUACCUUUUAUUGGGAAGAAAAGAAAAAUCCUUCCAGAUUAGGAUGUUAGAACUGUAUUUUUCUCUGGCCUUAUUACUGUCUUUAGUGUUGUCAUUUUAAAAUAAAGAGCCAGUGAUCCAAUUUUAAAUUUGAAAACAGGUGGUUAUAUAAGCUACAGGUGAAGAGAGAAAUGAUAUAAAAGAUAAAUGAUAAUUCAUGGGGCUGGCGCUGUGGCGUAGCAGGUGGAAGCCACCAUCUGCAAUGCCUGUACCCCAUAUAGGCGCCAGUUUGAGUCCGGGAUGCUCCUCUUCUGAUCCAGCUCUCUGCUGUGGCCUGGGAAAGCAGUGGAAGACGGCCCAAGUGCUUGGCCCCUGCACCCACAGGGAAACCUGCAAGAGGCUGCAGGCUCCUGGCUUCAGAUCACCCCAGCUCCAGUCAUUGCAGCCAUUUGGGGAGUGAACCAGCAGAUGAAAGACCUCUCUCUCUUUCUCUCUCUGCCUCUCUGAUUUAUUUAUUUGAAAGGCAGAGUUACAGUCUUUUAAAAAAUGAUAAUUCAUGAUGCCCUACUUACAUGUUAAACCCAAACUCAGAAGUAAGCACGCUAAGUUUUAGUGGGUGAUAGGCCAUAUCAUCGGUACAACCUAGACCAAAAAGUUGCAGAGGAGAAAGCUAAGCAUAAACAUUGAAUUGUUUGACAUACCUCAGACUUGGAAAAUGCUGGUUAUAGACCACAAGUUUAUUCAGAUGACCAGGAAAUCAGUCUGUCCAUGUUGAUAAAUGAAUAUCCAAGGAGGCUACACCUGAAGCCCGUGCCUUUUGUCCCAAUCUGCCGUUCACCAGCAUCCCCUGGAGCCCUCCUCCUUAGCAGGAAAAUGGAAGGGCUGGACUGGGUUUAUCCGACAUUCCUUCCACAUCCAAAUUCUCCGCUGUAAGGCAGGUAAUAGGAAUAAGCACUAUUACUGACGUAGCCAGCUUCGAGCGGGUAGGAGAUGUCGUCAUGCUUCCAUUGUCUAUCCUUGUCGGUCCCACUUAGUAAGCCAGACCUCGCCAUACAGACCUGGAUUAAGGAGAACCUGCCCAUCAUGUUCUGUGUAUCCAGAAUCCCAUUACUGUAAGAAAAGUGAUCAACAACAGCAUGAGGCACAGAUUGUAAAGGGAAAAUGAAAAAGGGAUUUGUUGAACUAGCCUAGCCUGUGAUUCUGAAGUUAUUCAGUAGAAAUAAUUGUUAAUUAUUUUAUGCAGAUGUGAGAAUAACAUCAUAUAUUAAAUAAAGAUAUUUACUUAUCAAUA